AUGAUCUCAUUAAGGCAAAACAAGAUUAUUGUUCGGAUGUCAACAUCAUCGUAUAGCAAAAUGGGUAGGAAGACAGGCGAAUCAACUUCUACAAAUUCAAGUCAUCGGAUUAAAUCCUCAUCGUCUUCAGGGGACUCAAGUGAGACACCAAAACCACACGGGAUAUAUCGAUUCCUACGAAGACAUCACUCAUCCAAUAGUCGCCAUCGUCCAAACUACGACAAUAAGAAAGUAAAGGCUUUCUUGGAAGAAGCCAAGAAGGAGUUUCUUGAAAAAUGGGAGAAACCUUCUCAAAACACGGCUACUUUGGACUCUUUUGAUCGCAUCAAAACAUUAGGUACUGGCUCUUUUGGACGCGUGAUGCUCGUCCAGCACAAAGUCAGUAAGGAAUACUAUGCCAUGAAAAUAUUGGACAAACAAAAGGUGGUCAAAUUGAAACAAGUGGAGCAUACUCUGAAUGAAAAACGCAUUCUACAAGCAAUUUCUUUCCCAUUCCUCGUACGUCUGGAUUAUCAUUUCAAAGAUAACAGCAACUUGUAUAUGGUAUUAGAAUUUGUGAAUGGUGGAGAAAUGUUCUCACAUUUGAGACGUAUCGGUCGUUUCAGUGAAAGUCAUUCGAGAUUCUAUGCCAGUCAAGUUGUAUUGGCUUUUGAAUAUUUGCAUCACUUGGAAUUAGUCUACAGAGAUUUGAAACCUGAAAAUAUUCUCAUUGAUCAGUAUGGAUAUUUAAAGAUAACAGAUUUUGGUUUUGCUAAGCGCGUGAAAGGUAGGACGUGGACACUUUGUGGUACACCUGAAUAUUUAGCACCGGAGAUUAUUUUAAGCAAGGGCUACAAUAAAGCAGUGGACUGGUGGGCGCUUGGUGUUCUGGUCUACGAAAUGGCAGCUGGUUAUCCACCAUUCUUUGCUGAUCAACCAAUUCAAAUCUAUGAACGUAUUGUAUCUGGAAAAGUUCGUUUUCCAUCUCACUUUAGUUCAGAUUUAAAAGAUUUACUUAGAAAUCUUUUACAAGUUGAUUUAACUAAACGUUUUGGAAAUUUAAAGAAUGGAGUCAAUGAUAUUAAAACACAUAAAUGGUUUGCCACAACUGACUGGUUUUCUAUCUACAAGCGAGAUAUUGAAGCUCCGUUCACUCCUAAAUGUUCUGGAGCUGGUGAUGCGAGUAAUUUCGACGAUUAUGAAGAAGAACCUUUACGCAUAGCAACGACGGAAAAGUGUGCAAAAGAAUUCAGCGAAUUUUAA